CAUUCUGUUCCCAACCCAUGAACCAUUGCAUAAACCACCACCGUGAGAGGACAAACAGCGGACAGAGCUGCAUUAAACUAUAUUUAUAUAUACAUACUCACACACAGGGGCUUUGGGUAGCCCUAUAAGAUGAGCAGGAUUGCUGCAAUUCUACGGCGUGGCUUCGGAGUAGUACGCGAGCACGUCGGGACCGAUCAUUUGGGGAACAAAUAUUACUUAAUCCCAGAGCAGAAGACAUGGACAGGAAGGAUUGUCCGUGCCAAGCGGAUAGUAGAAGCAGCCAAUGCUAAAGAAUAUGAAUAUAUGGAAGGCAGCAUUCCGAUGGAGUGGGACGCUUGGAUCCGAGGCAGACGGAAGGAGCCCCCCUCCAUCGAGGAGCUGCUGAAGAAUGAGUCCAGCAGGGAGCAGAUAAAAACAAAAGCCAAGGAGGUGGAGGAGAAAGAUCUGGCUCUGCUGGCUAAAGAGUACAAGGAGGGUCUGGUGGCGACUCCUGCGAGGACUGUGGCCAAGGGCCAUGCAGCUGCCACCAGCUUCGGCAAGCAAGAAUUCAACGAAGAACCAACCAGCACUGCAAACACGUUCCAGCCUGGCUCCUGGAUGCCCACUUCCAAGAAAGACUAAUCCAAUCAACAAAAGGGGCCCUACAAUAAAAUUACUUGAGAUUUAAUAUUGGAAAUUCCUUCCAGUAUAAUGUAGUCAACGUCCCCAUAAAUUUUGGGUGUUUGCGUUGCCAGACUGCAUUAUGGGGGUUCUUCUUUUCUUGCUGCUUGUGUCUGCAUUAUAUAUACACACACAAGAGUAUCCAUCACUUAUCUUGAAGCUGAAUUAAACUAAGUUCGUGCUGGUGAAAGACUGAAUGAUAAGAAACAAAACAAAAUGAAUAAAUUGCACUGAGCACAACUAGAAACAUCUUUCAGGGAAAGUGAAAUAAGUAUAAUUAAUUAAAUGUGGUUACAUUAAAUGAACUGUUAAUGUCUCUUUGUUACAGAAUAUUGAUUUGAAGAUCACAAAUAAUAAUAAUGUUGCAGUUUAUGGAUUUAAAGACCUUCUUCUCUCACUUAUUUUGACAGUAUAUGUUGGGCAGACACACGGUUCUGUGCAAAGUCUUGAGCUACUCCUGAUUUCUUUGUUUUGCUUGGAAAAUGGGAAAUAGAUGCAGCAAUUUAUCUGAAAUGUGCAAACCUAUAAAAAUACAGUAAACUAGGCAAAAAAAGUCAAUAUUUGGUAUCCCUGCCUUUAUUCUUCAGAACAGCCUGAACUCUUUUAGGCAGGUUUUCCUUGUAAUUUCUUUAAUUAUUCUACAGGAAUACUUCUUGAAGGACAUUUAAAGCUCUUCUUUGGAUGUUGGCUGCUUUUUGUUCUGUUUUCUGUCCUGAUGAGCCCACCCUGCUUCAGUAAUAUUGAGGUUCAAUCCAUGACUGAGAUUGUUCCAUUGUGUGUUUUUUCUAUCCACAUAUAUUUUUACUGCAUUUGAAAUGCAUUUGGGAUGAUUUUCAUGCUGAACAAUGGUAUUGCAUGGAGGAUCAUAAUCUGAUGUUCGUAAUUCCAUCAGUUUUAUCAAGAUCUCCAACAUCACUGGUUGAAACGCAGCUCCAAACCAUGACAGAGCCUGUGCUGUGUUUUGCAGAUGGCUGUAGAUGUUCACUGUUGUAUCUCUCUCCUGACCUCCUCCGUACAAUGCUCAUGACGAUUUAACCCCAAAAUGUCAAAUUUGCAUUCAUCACUGAAUUUUCAGUCUAGUUCUUGUAGAAUAACUCAGCCUUUUCUUCCUUUUUCUCUUUAAGCAUAGAUUCCUCACAGUCACCCUUCCACUGAGACCAUUUAUGAUGAGACUUUUGCAUCUGUGUCAGAUCUUUGCUGCAUUUUUUUUCCCCAUUUCUUAAGCACAUGACUUUCAGAUACCGUUCAUCUUCGAUAGAUAGUUUUGUUUAAGGCUGUCACUUCUUCUUUUGUCCAGAUUCUUCAAAUUUUUUAAGGGCAAACUGCUCAGCAUGCCAAAAUAUUCCAAUUUUUCACCCUGUUCUUGCAAAAAUACUAUUUUACACCUCUCCAAACUGUUAUCUUUGGCAGUUUUCAUAGAUUCUACUACAGAAAUGGUAAUUAUGUAUUUUUGUGACAGGCUGCUAGUAAUAAAGUGCCUAGAGGUACAAUUUGAAAUUGUUUUUUUUUUCUUUGUUAUGUGUAGACACAACAGUUAGGAGUCUUUUUAAUGCUUGAAGGAUUCGUUGUUAAGUUAGUGGUCAGUGGCUUACCAAAUUUUUAAAAAUCCUCUGAAAUGGUCAGGGAUAUAUUUUUGCUUUUUAUAUUGGAUACUAAGUAGAGAUUGACAGGAAAUUGGGGAGAAAGACAGGGGAAGACAAGAUUUUUGCACUGUACUGUACUAGUUAAAAGAGCAGUAAGGUCUAAUGUUAGCUUAAAACAGUCUUCAUUCUCAUGUCUGUCAUUCUAAACGCUGUCAUGAGACAUCAGUUCUCUGAACGCAGGGAAGUAAAACUAAGAAACAGAAAACAGUUACACUAAACUGCUUUGACUGCCUCUUUACAGGCUCACGAGUACUCAAGAAAGUCAGUCGCCACCCAUAAAAAUACCAACCCCUGUGGACUUUUGAAUGUUUUAUUUUACAACACUGAAUCAAGGUGAAGGUAAUUCACUUUCUACUUAUAAACAAAAAUAAAAAAUGUCUAAUAAAAUGAGCAAAGGUCUGCAUCCAAAUUAAACACAUACAGUGCAUGAAACACGAGUUGCUUGUAUAAUAUGUAAUCCUGGUUUACUAUUUUUGAAUUGAUAUUUACUAAAGGCACACUUGUUAAAUAUUCCUUUUCACCUUCCUGUACCAUACAUCAUGCUGAUCUGUUUGCUUUUAUAUUUUAGAACUCCAUAAUCAACAAUAAGACCUUGCAC